GAGAAAGUUUCGACUGGGAGUUCUGAAGAGUCACAGAUGCAUUCAGAUGCGCAGGUUUUUUUGUGAAUGAAAGACGAGAAGGGGGUCGUCUGCGCCUGUAGUGUCCCUGACAGGCGAGAUUACGGCCUGCUGGGGAUCGGACACUGACCUAUGACCCUGGUAAGAGAACUCAUGGACGAGCCGGACAUUGACGUUGAGGGACAGACGCACUUUGAUGCGGAGGAGACGAACGCAGAUUUCUCAGAGUUCAGGAAGAACAAUGCAGACUUAAAGCAAAGCGCUUCAUCCUGUAUCCCUUCAGACCGGGAGGGGGGAGACGUUGCUGUCCGGUUACUGGAUGGCCCCAGCAGCAGAACCGCCUCGGUGAAGCCCCCGUACUCAUACAUCGCUCUCAUCACCAUGGCCAUCCUCCAGAGCCCGAAGAGGAGACUCACCCUGAGUGAGAUCUGUGAUUUUAUCAGCCUGCGCUUUGCUUAUUAUCGGGAAAAGUUUCCCGCGUGGCAAAACUCCAUCCGCCACAACUUGUCUCUGAAUGACUGCUUUGUCAAGAUGCCCCGCGAGCCUGGAAACCCUGGCAAAGGGAAUUAUUGGACACUGGACCCCAUGUCCGCGGAUAUGUUUGAAAACGGGAGUUUUCUCCGGCGGAGGAAGCGCUUCAAGAGGCAGCACUUCUAUUUGGGAGCGUCAAAGGACUCCACGCUGCAGGAGCGCAGCCUGAUGCCCGUGUUUCCUUCACUCGGACCUCAAAGGAUUAAUUCUUGUCUCCAGGGUGCUGAUUUAUACCCGGACCUGGGUAUAAGUGGUCGUUUAAGCCUCCACACUCCGCCCAGCAUGCCACCUGUAAGCAGCAUAAUCCCCGCGCUCUCCUCGCUCCUCUCCAAAGACUUCCCAUCAUGUGUGACUUUCGAACAUAUGCAGUCAGGACGCUGCGCCGCUGCGCCAUCUUUAGCUCCAAACUCCUCGCUCAUGUCUCCUGUCUCUCUGCGCGGAUUGAUACCCAACUACCCCGUUUCUCAUUUGUUCAGUUUCCCUGCUGGGGUCAUAAAGAUGUCAUCUUAUUCAAUUCAAUAAUUAUCGUCUGUCCUGUUUUGCGACUCAGCUGGAAAAUAAACGUAGGCCUAAUCCGUGAAAUUUCACAUUUUAAAAAUAAAUAAAUAAAUAAAUAAGGAUGGCCUGAGCUGCAAAACGGGCCUCAAAAUUAAGUU